UUCAUCUAAAUGGCUGUAUCAUGGGGAGGGUCUCCUAAGCCUGACAUUGAGUCAAUAGCUGAUCGGAUCCUCUAUUUCUCACCUAUACGCUAUAGCUGAUAUCCUUUUUAUACAGGUACAUCAUAUUUCUGCACUAUAGCUGUGUGUGUACUUACUAUGUAGCCUAAUGUGCAUGCACUGCAGCCUUGAAGAAAUACAGUUUUACUGUAUUGUAUAAUGUAUUGAAUUAAUUUAUUGCACUGCAUUUUAUUCUACUCUAUUGCAAGCUUCCUUGUGGGACAAACAGAAGCUAACACAUGGUGAAAAAGGCUAGGUAAAUAGAGGAUUCAUAAUUAUCUCUUGUUACAAUAAGUCUUCAAAGAUCCUUUUGUUAUUCUUGGUAAAAUCAGCCUCUAUAAACCAAUCAGUUCACUCAACUGCCCUCUCUUUCCCCUCCUGUGUGAACGUGACUAUGUAUAAUCUCAACCGGAAGCACCUAGCUGCAUUCUGAACUCUAACCCUACUACCUCUACGACUUAGUCUCAGACACACAGACCGUUCCUAGACUAGAUGGUCCAGGGUUGUGUAACAUUAUGUAAGUCCUAUGUCUUACCCCUUCCCCCAGAUGUUGACCACCAUCUUCCUUCAUCCAUUAUGAUUCUGGGGUAAAACUGUUUGGGUGGAGGUGAGGGUAGGCUAUACUGUGCUGAAUUUCUUGAGUCAUUUCAUUGGCAAGUUUGCAAGUUUGGGAAAGUAGUCAUACAGAAAUGGUGGGUUGAAAUUGCAGUCAUUCUUUCUGCAUGGACUAUAUUCCAGAUACCAUUGUGAAACGAUUAAUCUAAAAACCACUGUGUAAUUAUGAUAUCCAAAUGUAGUUAAUGGACCUAUUUUCCAUUCUGUUCCUGGAUAGGGACUCCCUUUGCAGACGUGUGACAUGUCAGAGUGUUGUCUUUCGCCACUUCUUCCCUCACACACCUCUGUCUUUUCCAACAGGCUAGCCCUGGGGAAGAGUGUAUGGUUUCAUAGCGUGACUGUGCAAAGGUUUCUCUUCCAGGUCGCUGUUUAUAGACCCAAAAUGGCCAUGCCCUCUGUGUCAGUAAAAGAGUGGUUUUACAAUGCGGUGCAUGCACAGGGCCAGGUCAUUCGCCAGGGUGGUCUUUCCUUCCUGGUUUCUGCCAGGAAGUUAUACAUGUAACAUUGUAAAAGAGCAACUUAGGUUUAUCAGUCAUGGGAAAAACACAGGCCUACUAGGAACAGUAUGAGCUGUGUGUGUGUGUGUACAUACAGUACAUACAUGUACAUGCAUGUGUGGGACUGUGUGUAUGCAUGUAUAUGUGUGUGUGUGUGCGCAACUGUGUUACUGUACAUACAGGGUAAUCUGCAGUAAGAUGGUUUAUGGGCUAGUCAACAGUGACGCAGAUAUGCCAUUGAAGCUCUAUCUGAUGGAUUCUGAGUGACAAGUACUGUAAAAUUGUGAAUUGUGAAUACUGACUUUUUAAAGAUUUGACAUGUGACGCUUACACUUCGAGAGAGAUUUUGCCACCCCUAGAGGGCGAUAUAGGGAAGGAUCUUGCAUAGCCCAGUUUAUAUCAAGAGAUGAAUAUGACUGAUAUUUAACAUGAAUACUUGUGUAAACAACGUGAUCUACAUAUCUGACACAAUACUACACAUAAUUAAAGGUACUCUCCAUGACACAUGUGAAGGGUAUGAUGUACACAUUGGAGUUUGUCAAACAACACAUGCAUGUGGCUUUUAGUAGUGAAUCUUCAGGGUGUAAAAUAACUGAAAAGCAUAUCAAAAUCCCUGUGCAAAGGGUGUUGCAUCUAUAAAAACAGCAUUUGUCAGUUUGCAAGACUUCUUGUAAAAUGUGCCUAGUGACAGAUCUAAAAUCAGCGCUCAUUCUGCCAAUAUAACGUAAAUCUAUGGGGUGGGUGAAACUGACCUCAGAUCAGCAUAUGGGACAACUUUAUUCCCUUACUACAUUUGCACACACUGUACAUAUAUUUUUCUAUUGUGUUAUUGACUGUAUGUUUGUUUAUCCCAUGUGUAACUCUGUGUUGUUGUUUUGUCGCACUGCUUUGCUUUAUCUUGGCCAGGUCGCAGUUGUAAAUGAGAACUGUUUUCUCAAUAAAGGGGAACAAAAUGUUUUAAAAAUUAUUGCGCGUUGCGAGCGAUGUACCCUGUAGCACCGAUUACAGCGAUUGGUGGAACGAGCUGCCACUCAAACUAACCAUCUCCGACGUUCCUUCGCAGGGGAAAACAUUUUCGACGUCAGAACCUCUCAGUGGUGCGACGCACUGCCAUCAAGCGAAACACGGACAACAUGUAACGCGCAAGUAGAAGCAAUACACCAUUUUAUGUCAUGGUAUGUGAAGGUGUAUAGGAAUACGUCUUUCGUAGGUUAAAUCUGAUGCGUAAAAGAGAAGCAGAGAUAUUCGAAAGGACGCGAAACCUGCUGCGUAUAAAAGUGGGAGGAAAAUAAACUUUUGGAGGUGCUGAAAUGUUUUUGAUUCUAACAGAAGAGGCGAUUUAUGUUAGGAGUGGGGAUACAACUUAAGAAAGUGAAAGACGCUAUUCUGUAUCAAUGCUAAUUGACAGGCGCAACUUUCGGCGAUGGCGACCCAGACGGAAGAGAAAGCGCACAGUGACCUAACGAAUACGGGACAGUGAGCUAGGCCCACGGCUGUACAAGCCCUUGAGACCCGCCCAACAAUCGACUAAUAUCCCGGUGAAUUUGGGGAAAGGGAAGAGAUUGGACAGCUAGCUUUACGCAGCGCAAAGAGCUGAACAUAUACCCCGACUUCACUACAAGCAACUGAGAAGUGGAACUACGUCUGCUGUGCGUAAAUUGGAGACGACACGGCUUGUUAUGAUGAGCAACGUUAUCUAAAGGACGGCGAUAAAGGUAAAUACAGCCAGUUGAUGUGGCCAAAGCACUCUGGCAAGCUACUCCUGCGGCAACACGGCUGCCUUAUUUCACAGCAAAGCAAGAGACGGAGGGAGUGAACACUUCUGUCGUUUACAUUUUCAUAUCUACCUUUUAUCAAUAUGGGCGAGAAAGUCGACUCGAGACGAUCGACUCCAGUGGAGGGCUGUUUGGUCGACGGGGAGAGCAGCAACCUCAGCGUGCUGAACUGGGAACAAGUGCAGCGCCUGGACGCCAUCCUGGCUGGGUCCAUCCCCAUCCACGGCCGCUGGAACUUCCCCACCCUGGAGAUAAAACCGCGGGACAUAGUCAAAGUGGUCCGGUGUCGCAUGGAGGAGAAACGCAUACAUGUCCGGGAGGUCCGCCUGAACGGUUCCGCGGCCAGCCAUGUUCUCCACGAGGACAGCGGUUUGGGAUGGAAGGAUCUGGACCUGAUAUUCUGUGCCGACAUGAAAAGCGAACUAGAGUUCCAGACGGUGAAGGAUAUAGUUCUUGACGCUCUACUAGACUUCUUACCCGAGGGAGUGAACAAGGAGAAGAUCACACCAGUGACCUUAAAGGAGGCCUAUGUGCAGAAGAUGGUGAAGGUGUGUAAUGACUCAGACCGCUGGAGCCUCAUCUCCCUCUCCAACAACAGAGGCAAGAAUGUGGAGCUCAAGUUUGUGGACUCUCUGCGUCGCCAGUUUGAGUUCAGUGUGGAUUCCUUCCAGAUUCGCCUGGAUUCCCUUCUCCUCUUCUACGAGUGCUCUGAGCACCCCAUGGCAGCCACCUUCCACCCCACCAUCCUGGGAGAGAGUGUCUAUGGUGAUUUCUCUGCCGCCCUCGACCAUCUACGCAAACGCCUCAUCUGCACGCGGCGCCCCGAGGAGAUUCGCGGUGGUGGUCUACUUAAAUACUGCCAUCUGCUGGUCCGGGGUUUCUGUGCGGCUUCCGGACCCGAAAUGAAACUUCUGCAACGCUACAUGUGCUCCAGGUUCUUCAUAGACUUCCCAGAGGUGGGCGAGCAGAGGAGGAAGCUGGAAUCCUACCUCCAGAACCACUUUGUGGGUCUCGAGGACAGGAAAUACGACUAUCUGGCUACUCUGCAUGGAGUAGUGCAGGAGAGCACUGUGUGCCUGAUGGGCCACGAGAGGAGACAGACACUGGGCCUCAUCUCCUCCCUGGCCCUUCGGGUCCUUGCCGAGCAGAACGUUAUCCCCAACACGGCCAACGUCACCUGCUACUACCAGCCGGCCCCUUAUGUCGCAGACGGCAACUUCAGCAACUACUACGUGGCCCAGGUGCAGCACGUUUACCCGCAUUACCCCCCCCAGCAGUACCCCUCUCAGCAUUACCCACCUCAGCAGUACCCACCUCAGCAGUACCCUCCGUCACAGUAUCCCCUUCCACACCAUCCACCUCCGCACCACCCCAUGUACACUGCAUGGAUGCCCUGCAACUGAGUGUGUGUGGACACACACACAUACACACAGUCACUCAUGGAACGACAGGAUUCUCAUCCUAACGAAUGGAUAGAUCACAGCAUGAUCGUGGUUCCUCUCUGUAUUGCGAUAGAGAGAUAAAGAGAGGUGUAGUUUUGCUUUGGUUUCGAGCAGGAUGGAUAGGAGAGAAGAGGCCACUUGGAUGUGGUCAGACCCUGGAGAGAAGGCUUUCAUCCAGGGCAGAAAGCCAGCGGUGGAGGAGAGGAGGGUAAAAAGAGGCGAGCCAGAAGAAUGCUGAGGUUGAAGCCAGGAGGCCAGUUUGUCCAUGGCUACUAGCCAGGCCUAGAAGCCAGGUACCUUGCUGAACAUUCGGCUUAGGGCUGAAUACUACCAGUGUUGAUGCAGUGAAAUAAUGUACAUAAUCACCGUGAUAGUGGCUAUGUUUUUGCAAACAAUGACUUGUAUUUGAGACUCACGCUUGAAUAUACAUACACAGUAUCCUGCCUAACACUCAUACAUGUAUUCAAACACAGACACACUAUUAAACAUCUCACACCCCAGACAUUGCAUACAUUUACAUAGGCACACACUGAGUGUAUGGUGAAAGAAUGUGAUCACAGAGAAUACAGGAAGUAGUGUACAUGUCCUGAUUGGUUGGCUAAGAAGACAGAGCGUUGACAUUUCGCUGACCAGUGAAAACAAGAAGUGUGAGAGUCUGACCGCAGACAAUGCAAAAGAAGAACUGGACAUAGUUUACAAACCAAAGAUCUAUCUUGUAGAUACCCACCAUUUGGCUGAUCAAGGGGGGAAAUAUGCAAUAUGUAUGUGAAUAUUUUGCUUUAAGUGCCUACAUGUAUAAAAGGAAGAAAUAGGUUGUUAUAUUUUGUCAAUAAACCCAGGCCUGUUCAUUUUAGACAAAGGUCCAUGGGCCUUUUAAGGAUGAUAGUGUGUUACCUGUGUAAAUGAAUGUAUUUUGGACCAGAAAGGGACACAAUGUGGGAAUGUUAUUGAAGUAGAGGGACACGGUUUGGACCCUUGACUUAGUGUGUUUCAUAUCUCCCAACUCAAGAAAGUAUAAUUGGAUGACGAGAGGGAGAUGGGUUAGAGUGCAAAAGAAAGUAAGAGAGGGGAGGAGUUUACAAGGAGAAUAUGUCAACAGAGCGUACUGUAGGUGUUUUUACCAGUAGAGAGAGGGUCCUGAAAGUGUAUUUUGGAAAUAUAUUUUAGAGUGUGUAUGGGAAAUGUGUUUUUUCACAAGGUGGAAAUUGUCCUUUGCCAUUUUCUUCUUUGUGACAUUUCUGAUGUUUUAUUUGUGAGAGGUUUCCAUGUGUGAGGUGAGAAAGGGGGAGAGUAAGCAUUUUCACCUGUGCAAAGUUUGCACCUGUAAUUUUAAAGUAAUUAAACAUAAAAUAAUGAACAAAGUAAAGAUUAAGAGAAGGAUAACUAAGUUAACAUCUCAAUAAAGGUAUUUUUUUUAAUGAUCUUGUAUUCCCCUUAUAAAGAUGAUAGGUGCAAACUUUGAGCAGGUGAAAAUAUUGGGUUAUACUAACCCUAUCAAUGCAGACACCUCACAUCAUUCUAUUAAACCUGUUCUCGGAUAUCUUAUUUUUGUAUCAAUCUCUAUUUUUGUACAUGUUGUUCGGCUCAUGCCAUAGGUUUCUUGAUUGCCUCGUUCCAAGAGGUUGUACAGAGAGUGUUAAUGCAAGUGUGUGUGUGUGUGUUUGCAUGCGUGGGAGAGUGUUAUUUCAAUAAAUUCUCUGGUUUUCCCCAAAUCCUGAUUGGAGAUUUCCCGGAAUCAGGAAGGAAUAAGCAGGAAAUCUCGACUCCUCCAACCAGGAUUUCUGGAAAAACAGGGAAUUUAUUGAAACUUCCCUGAAUUUUGCAAACCUAAUGACGACUCAUACACACAAGGUUAAUGGUGUUGCUCAUGUAACCUUUUUUCCUUUCUUUUUUGUUUUAAAAACAUUAUUUUCUAACACGCAAACCACACCGAACACGUUACGUGCGUGAGCAUUGCAAAAUAAAUGUACACAUAUGUUAUUCAAUAAUUUCACCCACACAGCCCGUGUACGAGUGUCUGCAUAGCCAAGCGCUAAAAUAGGACUUGGUUCUAUCUGAGACGCUCCACGAGCUUCAAGUCCCCUCCUUAUUGGAUAUCAGGAAGAUACAGAUCCACGUGGAUGCUUGAAAGGCAAAUGAGGAGAGAUGAAUUACAGAUGACUAACUAGGUAUCCCUUUUUAUCUGUGGAUUAAUCAUCGGAGUAGAUUUUGUAUGACUCUGGGUAAUAUCCCAAUGUUCAUCUCCCAGGACAAACUAACUAGCAACCGCUAGCUAGCUAAAUGUCCAUGAAUGUUUAAUGUAUAAUAUAAUUGAUUCACAGUUGAUUUUGGUAUUUUAACCCUAUGUGUCUGGUGGGGAUAGACUAAAUCAACAUGCGGACGCACACACGUGGCUGGUGUAGUAGGCAUGUAAGAAAGAGAAUGUCUUAGAGUCUUAUUGUUGUGUCAAUGUCUAUUUUGAUUGCCAUCCAAUAUGGGGUUUGUCAAAGAGUUGGAAAUAAUGUUUAAAGCAAGUGUCUAAGAUGAAAUACUUUUAUAAUUAAAAAGAAGGAAAAUCA